AUAAUAUAAUAUGUAUUCAUAUAUACUCGAUUUGGAGCGAUAUUGUUUAAAGAUGAUGCGGUUACGUUCGUGCGUGAUUUUUCCAGUAUCUUUCGAGCAUUUCCGUCAAUUUACGUGUGACGUUGUGUGAGAAAAAAAAUAUCAAAGUAGGAGGGUAUUGUUCCUUCGCGUUAUUUGUAAAUAUAGCCAGCAAAUCUGGAUGAGACCAGGGAGAGGAUGAUCGCCGCCUCAGAACCGGUGGAAUACAAGCCAGGUGGUCGAGAAAUAAUCUUGAACCAUCCUGGAUCUCUAAUCAGUCAGCAGUUGUCCAAUAAUCGAACAGUUGGUGGAGAAAAUGUCCUAUUGAAAAGAUUCAGUGAAGUCAACAUAUCAGAAAAGUCUCCUAGAGAGACAUGGUUGAUACGCACUAAUAAAAUAUGCGGAGAAGAGGAAUUAUAUUAUUCGGGUAAAGUAGCGGUGCACUGUCAGGGCAAUCAAAGUACUCGAAUACUUAAGACAACUUAUACAUGUGAAACAGACAUUAAGCAUGCACUUUGGUGUAGUUUUCAUACAAGCAUUCCAGAUCACUUGAGUAAAAAUAAAGAAUAUGAAACUGAGGACUCCACUAACAAAUUUAUAGAGUGUACCUGCUUACUUGACUCUUAUACUCUUAAGGUUUUCACAGAGAAUGGUGAAGAUUAUGUUUCUGCUUUACAAUUUCAGGUCUCUGCUGUAUGGCCGACAAAAUAUGGAAUUAUACUUGAAAAAUCUCAAGUGCCAAUCAGAGAUUCAAGAUAUAAUAUAUCACUUGAAAGCAGCAGAGCUCUGCAAAACGACAGUAAUUUACCAGUGGCCUUUUCGCUAAUGCAUCCAUUAGAUGAGAUUUGUCCUUUACUUAUUAAGCAUGGAGUUGUGUCAUAUAUGAAUGAGUCAAGUCAACAAAUUAUAUUUACCAGUUCAGAACCAUCUUUUGCAGUAAUAUAUGAUACAAAAACCGGCUUACAUUCAGUUUACAAAAUUCGCAAAGCAUCAGUCGAGGAGUGCCACAUAGUUUGUGGAUGUAAUGACACGAGUCUAUUCAAUCAUUCAACAAAUAUGUCACCAUUAAAUGUUGGCAGCGGUUCCGCCAACAAAAGCUGUACUAAUAAAGCUUCCCUAAGUCCUUUUCUUCUUGGAGUUCCAAGCUUACAAAAUAACACUGGUAUAAGUUUAGGAUUGUCUAAUACUCCGUUUGGAUCACGUACUAAUUCUUAUAGUACAAAUUCGGGCGGACCAUCACCUUCUCAGCAACAACAACACUCGCGUUCACAUAGCUCGAUGGCCACUAUUUCACGUUGUCAGUCACCUACGCAUUCAGCGGCUAUGUCUCCUCUUGGAGUGCCUGUGAAUUCAAAUAUCUAUCACAGCCGAUUACAUCAGACUGUGAUGGUAGCUACGCAUCAAACGCAUAGCUCAGCUCCUAAUUACAACAGCGUUCGACUAAAUGAUAUUGCGAUUGCAAGCAAACCUUUGUAUCCUGAGAUCUGUCUUGAACAUGUAUGGACGGAGAAUGUUGGUGUCUCAAAAGAUAUCUGCGGUCGAGCAUCUAAGGUUUUUUUGACAUCGGACUUUGUUCGGCAAAAUUACUUGGGUUAUCUGAUCCCGAGUCGUUCGCAAUUAUCUCUAGUAAGAUUAGAGAAGACUAACAAACAACAGCAAAUCCUUUUUGGAAUGGUAACAAAUAUCGUAGCUAAGGAUGCCAUUAAUUUAUCAAAUUUACACAUGAUAGCAAUCGUGGAUUUGUCAAAUAAUAUUGUGUUAUACACGGGAGUUACGUGCGUGGGCAAGCUACACAUAUCUGGCAUGCUUUCAAAUUUUACAAGCAAUUAUUUUUUAUCGAAUAGCAAUCCUAAGCUUGGAUCCCCAUUUCCGAGACGAAGUUCUUUGAUUUCUCAGAGUUGUACGUCACACGAAAUUAAAUUUGAGGAAGCUUUACAUUUACUGAGUCCUGUAGGUGGUAAUUGUGCCCGUCCCCCAAUAUUGUUGGAAAAUUCAUUGCUGGAUACAAACUUAAUCUCUUUGAAAGAAGCUGUGGGCAAUGAGGUAACUGUGGGAUGUGGAAACCAGCAAUAUUUUCGUAUAAGUUUGCCCGUUUCCAGUACAUCACCUCUAGUUACCAGAUGUUUACACACAUUACGAUGUGUUCUUCAAAAAGAUUUAGCAAUGCAAUUAUUAAUUAAAUGGUACGGCGCUAGAAACGCCCCAGGCCCACAAGAUUUCUCACCGGCGCAAGAAUGGAAUCUCUUUCUUAUAGUUCUAUUCACGUUAUUGGGAUAUGACGUAGAAAAACUGCAUCUAAUUCAAAAUAACGAAAAGGAUCCGUGUACAGAACGUAACAGUCCUAUGGUAUUACCCAAAACAAAAACUAACAAUUUUGGAUCUGCGGAUGAUUGGAUGUACUUAUUGAAUUCAAACGAACAUAAAAAUUCACAAACUUUUAUUUCGACUAUACUAAAGAACCAGAAAAUUCAAUCCAAUAAUCAUUGCGAGACAUUUCAAAAUGUUACAGAAUCGAGUAACGUUGGUAAAAUAAAUACACAAGCCGUCCUGUUUCCACAUUUUCCACUUAUUUUAUUUUCACUUCAUCUCUUGUAUGAGGAACUCAAAUUGAACAGCGUUAUGUCAGAAAGCCUGCCAUUGCUUGGACAGUUAUUGUAUCAAUUAAGUAUAGAUUUAAAAUUUGAAGUGUAUACUCAUCAUUACUUUCUUGAUUCACCUUCAUUGUUGUAUCUAAAAACUGAAAAAUCUCAAAUCAGCGAUUCAGACCUGCAAAAGAUAACAGUUCCAAAUUAUAUGCCUCGGAAACCACCGGGCAUAUUUGAAAUGUUGAACGAUAUACUGAAUGGAACGGACGUGACUGCAUUCCCGUAUCUAAGCUACGUUAAUCCAAGAACGAGAAAUAUAGUAUAUCUGAUAGCGCUUAUAGCAAAUGAAAAUCGUGUUGAUAUAAUAGAAAUGGAGAGAUACGUUAAAUUAAUCAUGCCUGCUGGAAAUCGUAUCGAUAUUCAAGAGAAUGCAAGCAAAUCUGACAAGGAAAUACUGAAGAAAUUGGAAGAGAAACCUACGAUGGAUAGAAUAAUAUUAUUAUACCACGAAAUGAAUAUGACAAAAGAGGACCUCGAGACAUUACCACCUGCAAUAUCCUUGAUGAUAAAAGAUGUUAUGCACAGGUGUAGAGAAAGUCCACCGUCGAAUUGGCCUACGCACACGUACGAACUUAUAGAUCGCCAAGAUCUAGCUGCGUUAGAUAAGCAUUUGAAACCGUCGUCGCAGUUGCAAUAUAUCGACGGUGAAACAAGAGAUUACGGGAUAAAGGAUGAACAAGAUGACGGCAUGGAAUUUGAUGAUACGAUAUUGAAGUUACGAUUUAAUAAGGAUCAUAGAAUCGCUGAGGUGCGAAGAUUGCUUAAUUCUUCAAAACCAGUGAGGAUAGCGAUAGUUCAAAGAUCAAAUGUAAGUGAUCAUGAGUUUAUAGAAGAGCAGGAGAGACACCUGAACACAUUGUGCACGAGAACGAUGGCAUUACCCGUAGCUAGAGGCAUGUUUACACUGAGAACUUCUACCCCGAUGAUCACAGAGCAAUUACCCAUUCCGAGAUUGUGCCUGACCGGCAAAGCACCACCCCGUGGGACCACCGUCGAGCUAACUCACAUAGACGUUCCGGCAAAUAUGAAUUUGUGGCCGUUGUUUCAUAACGGCGUAGCUGCGGGCUUGUGCAUCCAUCCAGAUGCUGCAAACAUUGACUCGACAUGGAUAGUAUACAAUAAACAGCAACAGGGUGAAUAUGGAGUGGAACACUCAGGAUUUCUAAUGGCUCUUGGUUUGAACGGACACUUGAAAAACUUAGCUCCCCUAAGUACAUAUGAAUACUUAGCCGAUUGUCACGAGGCUACUAGCGUUGGGCUUUUGCUGGGCCUAUCAGCGACGCAUCGUGGCACGAUGAAUGUAUCUAUGACCAAGCUACUGUCGUUGCACGUAGAAACACUUCUGCCUCCGACGAGCAUCGAAUUAAAUGUACAACAGAAUGUCCAAGUAGCGGCGUUAAUGGGAGUUGGCCUUGUCUACCAAGGAACCGCGCAUAGACAUAUUUCGCACGCUUUAUUAUCUGAAAUUGGUAGGCCGCCUGGACCCGAAAUGAAAAAUUGCGUGGAUCGUGAAUCGUAUUCUUUAGCAGCGGGAUUAGCGUUAGGUCUAGUCGUACUUGGUUCUGGUGGUGGAACGGAUGUACCUGCGAGUAUACCUGAUACUUUGCACUAUUACAUGGUCGGCGGACACAUAAGGCCUUUUUCUGGAGCACAGAAAGAUAAAUAUAAGUCUCCCAGCUAUCAAAUACGCGAAGGUGACUCAAUCAACAUCGACGUAACGAGCCCUGGUGCAACGAUAGCUUUAGGAUUAAUGUAUUUUAACACUGGAAAUCGUGCGGUAGCUGAAUGGAUGCAGCCCCCCGAUACGCAAUAUCUAUUAGAGUUUGUAAGACCGGAUUUCCUGUUAUUAAGAGUGCUCACCAAGUCACUAAUUUUAUGGGACGAUAUCGAACCAAGCAAGUCAUGGGUAUCUAGUCAUGUGCCAAAUAUUGUUCAAAAAUAUAGAUUGCAGAGGCCUUCGCCGGAAGUUUUGCAGAAUGUGGAUUUGGAAACUAUAAAUCAAGCCUACUGCAACAUCGUGGCGGGCGCUUGUAUGGCAUUGGGUCUGAGAUAUGCAGGCACCGCUAAUAAGGAAGCUUUCAAGACUUUGUUCAAUUACGCUCAGAUGUUCACGGCAUUGACGCAUAAAGCCAUAGCCGAAUUGGCUGGUAAAGCUACCAUUGAAACAUGCUUAAACGUUGUUCUGCUCUCAACUGCGGUGGUGAUGGCGGGCACCGGCAGUUUAGAUGUAAUGAGGAUAUGCAGACAUAUACGAACUCGCGUUGGACCAGGCAGCAGCGUAGUCACAUAUGGUUCUCAUUUGGCAACUCACAUGGCUCUCGGUCUCCUUUUCUUGGGUGGCGGAAGAUACACACUUUCCAAUAGCCCGAAUGCAGUAGCAGCUUUGAUAAUUUCACUUUUCCCAAAAUUUCCGACUCACAGCAAUGACAAUAGAUAUCAUUUACAAGCCUUGCGCCACCUGUACGUAUUAGCAGCUGAACCACGUAUCAUCUUACCGAGAGACAUAGAUACUGGCCAAUUCUGUUAUGCGACAAUACAUUUAACAUUUGAGACUGACAAAGAAGCUGAAGGACAAGAAAUCAGUCUACAAGCGCCCUGUUUGUUACCACAAUUACGCAGUUUGAAGAAGAUUGAAUUGAAAGAUCCGAGAUAUUGGAAAAUCACGUUUGUAAAACAUCAUAAUUGGCAACAACUAGAAAAUAUGCUGGAAAAACAUGAUUUCUUAAGCAUCAAGCAACGAGCCGGUUGUUUAUCUUAUCUGGAAGAUCCUCAUGGUUUUAGAAGCUUAGUAGCUCAAACUUUAACGACAGAAAAUGCCAUUGCGUGGGCUGCUCGACCAGAAUAUGUCACAUCGUUUACAAAUGAUAAGACUGUACUAAACAUAGUGAGAUAUUUUUUGCAAUGGUCUAAAAAAGAAAAAAUUUCUUCCGAAAAUAUUAAAUAUUCAUCACAAAAUGAUAUACAAUGCAAGAUUCCAGAAUUUGAACAAUAUUUCCUUCACAUAUUUGCGAUAAUCGUAUAUGAAUGCAUCACGAAAGAUAAAGUCAGUCUUAUACCAUUAUGGGUACGCAUGAUUAAAAGCCUAAGCAUUAUUGAAGAGCAACCAAAUAGUUUCUCGAUAUGGCAAAUAAAGCUUCUUUCAUCACAAAUCUCGAGGAGAAACAAUUUCACAGAUGACAAGAAUCCAUUAUUCAGCAUAGAAAGUAUGCUCGCGAUUAAACAGAAAACAGCGAUGAGUCUGGAUAAAUGGGAGCAAGAUUUAACAUCUGUAUUUAAACAAUAUCUCACGAAUGGAACGGUACAGGCUGAUAUCACAUCUUUGGCUAAAAUGUGCGCGUAUUUCAUAUUCUAUGGAAUACCAUAUCCAGUCGACAAUAAAGCAAUCUCGGGUUCGAUGACGGCGACGCAACGCUCGAGUAUACUAAAUAUUACAAUGUACAAAUUGCAUAAGGUUCUACAGACAGUUUGAAGGUAAAAUUCUUAUGCUGUAAUAUGUAUAAUAGAAAAUUGAAAAUUAUUAAAUAAGAUUUUUUCUUUUCUUAAAA